AUGACAGCUGCUCAGAAGCACAGCUUCUUCACUCCAGAACCCCACUAUAUCCCUGGGUAUGCCGGCUUCUACCCGCAGCUGCGCUACCAGGUGGGAAACACCUACGGGCGCACAACGGCCCAGCUGCUCACGGACCCCAGCGUACGCAAGAGCCCCUGCUCCGUGCUGUCCCCCAUCUCCAAGCCCAAGUUCAUAGAGGACUUCAGCCAAUCCAGCCAUCCCCGGGUGCCCUGCAGGGACCUCACCGAACCCCACAUCCCCCACUACACGGGUGUCAAGCCCUACAAGAACUUUCAAGUCCUGGGCCGGCUCCUGCCACAGGAGGUGGGCGGCCCGUGUCCACCCCGGGCCGACAAUGUGGCCACGCAGGUGCAGCUGCCGGCUGGCUGCAUGCCCUACUUCCCCUACCCACCGUGCCCACCAGGGAAGAAGGUGGACGCCAGGGCCUGGGGACACCCGGGCCUGCAGCUGGCAUAUGGACAAGAAGCAUGGAAGAGCCAGGACCCAGUUCCAGAAACCCCAGGGCAGUACCAGCUAUACCACUGCAGGAGGGACGAGGGCCUGCUGCAGCCCCGGGGCAGGCAGGAAACACUUGACGUGGGCAGGUUCCAGCAGCUGCCCCAGCUGGACCACCCGAAUCUCAUCCAACGCAAGGCCAUCUCAGGCUACGCUGGCUUUGUGCCCCGCUUCGCCUGGGUCAUGGGCAUGAACUACCGGGACGCAGUCACGCAGGCCCUGGACGAGUUCGACAAGACCCAGUUCCUCUUCAGGAACCCCGAGUGCGCCCUGGGUGAGCGGCUGCCCAGCCCCCACUGGCCCAGCGGCAGCAUCUACAGCAGCCAAGGCAUGACCCCCUUCUACAUGGGCUUCAUUCCCUCCAUGCAGGACAACUUCGCGCUGACCUUCGGCAACAGCACCCGCCGCGCCUACCGCAAGUGGAGAGGCGGAGCCACACACCGGGAAAAGCUUUAA